AUUAUUCUCUGAGCUAAGUGAGUAUAAUAUUGCAGUAGUACGUUACAAUAAAGAGUCAGAAGUUCAAAAACCCGCACAGUAACUUAUUCAACGUGAAUCAACUACCUUUGUUUUCUAUAACAUAAUUGCUAUGGAUGAAAAGGAAUCAAAUUCAACAAGUAUGUCUCAGCAAGGAAAUCAUAUGUCAUAUCAUAAAACUGAAACACAUUUUUCAUAUGUAGAGAGUGAUGAAAUUCCGUCUACUGCAGCUGAAUUGGAAUGGGACAUGGAAACAGAACUGGAAGAAAUUAGCACUGAUCCUUUCCAACCAGAUGGUUUCACCCAACAACAUGACAAAAGUUCACCAGAGUUUUCAAACAUUAUUGCAUCUAGUCAAGCAUCAUUUUCACCCAAAGGACGUUUUCAACGCUUGCAGGAAGAGCCAGAAUAUUUUUCUCAUUAUGGAGAUUCAGUACCUAAGAAGACACAACAAUGUUUUUGUAGGAUAAUCAAAAUGUUUUGUACAUUUGCAUCUGUAUUUAUCUUGGGAAUAUUAUUAGGUUAUUUUUCAAAACAAAACUCUUGCACAUCGGAUAGCAUUUUAUCAAAUGGGCAUUCUUCUUCAAAUGAGGCUAAAUUAAUAGAUGAAAUACUAGAUCACAUCACUAAAGAAAAUAUUGAAAAACAUUACAGAUAUUUCUCAGAGAUUUCUGUCAAUAAAACAAACUCAGAUCCAGCAAAAGAAAUUGCACAUCUAUGGACUUCAAUAGGCUUAAAUGAAGUUGAGUUAGUAAAUUAUUCAGUCUUACUUGACCUACCAGGCUCUUCUCCAAAUACAAUCACUAUGAACAAUGGUCAGUGCUAUUUUCCAAGCGGACAGCAGUGUGAUGAAGAGACUGAAAAGCACCCGAGUCAGGAAUCUCUGUACUCAUAUGCUGCUUUCUGUGCCAAAGGAUCUCUUGAGGGUGAAAUGAUUGAUGUGCAAUAUGGUACAUUGGAGGACCUACAGAGAGUAAAACAAUCAAACAAUGUAACAAAUAGCAUUGCUUUGUUAAAACUAGGAGUCUUGCCAUUAUUAUAUAAGAUUUCGUUGUUAGAAGACUUUGGCUUCAAAGGAGCCCUCAUUUACAUUGACCCGUGUGAUCAUCCUGAGACUGCUGACAUAGACAACAAAACAUUUAUGGUGUCUUUAUACAAUGAAAAUCCUAUAGACUCAAAUGAAUUUUCGAGAAAGGAUGCGAAGCAGUGGAAAGAAAGGUCAAGUCACACAUCUUUACUAGUACAACCUGUAGCUGUAAACCUUUUAUUAAAACUUUUUCCUCCAACUGAGAAGAAUACAAGAACAGAAAAAUGUCUUCGACUGAAACUACCAGAAAUAGGAAAUAAUAAAAUCCGCCUUAUGGUUCAAUCCAUUUCAACAUACAAGAACAUAUCAAACACAAUUGGAAUACUAAGAGGAUCAGUCCUUCCAGCCAGAACUACACCAUCCAUUAGCCUUUUUUUGGAGAAGACAAGCAUGGCUUUACUCCACAGACAAGGCUGGCCACUGUCAUAA